AUGAUUGACGAGGAUGACCAAUUGGUCAAAUUCCUGCAUGAAUGCCUUGCGCUCCCGCCUGUACCUGCCCACCCCGACAAGAUUCUGAUCUACAACAAUGCGCUGCAUGGUAUGGUAUCGGAGGCCAAAGAGGCAGGAACCGGUCUACAGGUCUCAGGGUACAGAGAGAACAUGAGCAGCAGUAUGAAGAUGCUGAUGCCGUAUGUCACAAGAGCAAUCUACAUGACGACGUCGCUAUCUGACAGCUCAGAUCAGAUGGUUAGGAUAAGUGACCAGCUAGCUGUCAGUGUGGCCCUUGCGAACGGCUACAGCAUCCUCGCCAAUUUCGCCCUCACACUGUCGCGAUCCGAUGAAUAUGUCAAUGGCGACAAACUUCAGAGGAUUAGGCUCAAGGCCAAGAGCAAGGCCUCACAAGCUGCCAAGCUGCUGCGCACUGAGCCUCGAGGAGAGCAGCCAAUGGACGACAGCCCAUCGCUCAAGGACCCGCGCACCACAAGACAUGCGCAGGACAAUCUCGAGCCGGCUGGCGAAGGCCAAAGACCCGCCGAGUUCGAUGUUGACUACAUCGACAGAGAGGCAAUGGAAGCGUUCGCGCGAGCACUGUCAGAUGAUGAAGGGGAGCUCAUCACCUCUGUGUCUGACUUUGCGCCAAUCAGACAGCGCAUCAAGCGAGCCACCAUCAAGUCGUCAGAUGUCGUGCGCGAGGGUUGGGCCUAUCACCUCGCGCGUUGGCCUCUGCUCCUCAUCAUCUUUGUGAUCAUCGGUCUCGAAUUCUUCCUGUAUGUCAUCGUUCGGCAGGCUGUCAAUGUCACCGAAUACUUUGGUGCAUGGCGGGGCUUUCGGGGCGAACUUCGCCGUCGACUCAGAAGCGCCAAGUCCUACGACGAAUGGAAAGAGCACGCGCUCGAGCUCGAUAAGCAUCUCAGGUAUGGGCCCUGGAAGGCCAACCCACAUUCGGCAUACUACGAUUCCUCGCUCGUCAGACGAGUCAAGGAGAAUCUACAACAUCUGCGUGAGCAUGAUGACGCUGAAGGCGUACGCGCCGUACUCGAAGUCUGUCUGAGGAGCAAUUUUGCGGGCCUCGAGGGCUUCAGAUUGUACAGCGAGACAUUCUACGGCACCAAAGAUCUCAUAGAAGCAUACUUAGACGAAGUCGCAACUUGCAUACGCUACGUUAGCCACACAGACGCCAUUGACGGCGAAGAAAAGACGCGCUUCUUCAAGACAAUCUCGCGCAACUACGGCCGAUCAGCACUCUGCUUAUCCGGAGGUGCCACCUUUGGCUACUAUCACUUUGGCGUCGUUCGCGCUCUGCUCGAUGCCAAUCUGCUCCCCCAGGUCAUCACUGGUACCUCGGCAGGCGCGCUCGUUGCUGCUUUCCUCUGCACACGCACAGAUGAAGAGCUUAGGCUCGUUCUCAUUCCUGAGCUGGCCGAGAAAAUUACAGCAUGCGAGGAAGGUGUGCGGAUUUGGGUGCCCCGAGCGAUCAAGACGGGCGCACGCUUCAAUACUGUGCAAUGGGCCGAGAAAGCCUGUUGGAUGACUCGAGGCGCCACAACAUUCAAGGAGGCAUACGAGCGAACUGGCCGAAUCCUCAACGUCAGCGUCGUGCCUAUGGAUCAAAAUAGUCCGACAAAAUUACUCAACUUCCACACUGCGCCCGACUGCGUGAUCUUCAGUGCGAUCAUUGCGUCAGCCGCUGUACCCGGGAUCCUGAAUCCUGUUACCCUGCUUACAAAGUCAAAGGAUGGCAAGAUCAAGCCAUGGCAGUUCCAAGGCCGACACAAAGACGGCUCACUUCGAGUCGAUAUUCCUAUCGACGCUCUGCACAAGUAUUUUAAUGUCGUGCAUCCUAUCGUUUCACAAUCAAACCCUCACAUCCAUCUAUUCAAUUUCGCUCCUCGCGGUAGUCCAGGCCGACCUGUCUCACAUCGCAAAGGCAAGGGCUGGCGAGGUGGAUUCUUUCUGUCUGCCGCCGAGCGCUUGCUCAAGAUCGAGCUCACAAAGAACUUCAAGGUCUUGCGCGACCUUGAGCUUUUGCCGGAAUUGAUGGGCCAAAACUGGUCAGCUGUCUUUCUGCAGCGCUUCGAGGGCAGUAUAACAAUCUGGCCCAAGUCUCGCGCCUGGGACUGGGUCCGCAUUCUGACGGACCCCGACGAGGCCGAGCUGGCCCGCAUGAUCGAUGUUGGUCAACGCGUCACCUGGCCAAAGAUCCAUAUGAUCGAGAACCGUCUCAAGAUAGAGACGGAGAUCGAUGCAGGACGACAGCAAGUACGGAAGACACUUGCGUUGCCCAUCAGCGGCAAAAGUCAUCUAGUUGCACUGAGUCCCGCGCCAGGCGACGCGUCUGCUCUCGAUACUUCCGCGCUCGAUUCCAGUAGCGAUGACGGCGCUCUCCAAAGCUAUUUCGAUAGGCAAAAGCUUGCACCAGGCGUUGCCAACGAGACGCGCCACAUCGAGCACAACAGAGCAGCGUCGGUAUCCAGCCAGAUCCGCAAACGCCAGAUCAUGAAGCAGCUUGGUCUCAGUAGAAGUGCGCAAGGCAAGCAACACAUGGUCAAAGGCCGUCAUCAGCGUCCUCUUGGUGGCGGUGGCUCGUCUAGCGAUAGCGAAAGCGAUCGGAACUUUGCUGUCGAUAGAGCCAAUGGCUAUGAUUCGUGA